UAUUCAACUUGUCUGCCACGAUGACUGGAAACUGGAUGACAGUCAAUUUUGUUUUCUAUUCAGAGCAACUAGCAAUGGCUGAAUUUGACAAAUUUGUUGUAGCAUUUUGAGCAUUUCACAAAAUCAAUUUGGUACCACUAUACAAACAAAUAGUAGACAUUUUUCAAGUCUUGUAAACGAGAGAACUAAUUCUUAUGAAUAAUUCCUCAUUAAAGUGACAUGACAUUCAGCCAAGUAUGGUGACCCAUAGAAUUUGUGCUCUGUUUUUAUUAACCCAUCCAAAGUGCACACAGAGCAGCUGGGGGUUCAGUGCCUUGGUCAAGGGCAUCACAGUCGUGGUAUUGCCAGCACGAGACUCGAACCCACAACCUUAGGGUUGGGAAUCAUACUCUCUAACCACUAGGUCACAACUUCCCCAUUGAAAUACAGGAUAUAGGAUACAGGGUGCAAAAUAUUUCACAAAUUGUUCAAAUAUUCUUAUAACAAUGUUCUGAAACUAAGCAUAAUUGCUAUAUAAAUAAAAAACAAAACAGCAAUAUAUUAAAUAUGUAAAUUGAACAUAUUGAAAAAAAUAUUGUAAUGAACAUUGAUUUUGGUACAUAUCACCUUAAAACAAGACCUGUGGCUCUCUCUUUUAAUUUUAUUUUUAAUGUUUUGAUUUGCAAAUUUUUCAGAGCCUCAAACCCCAUCUGCCACUCUAAGAAAUAAAGCAAAGGGAACUUCUCAGCAUAACAGAUACCAUAUAAAGCAUUAUGGGAUGGUAUCCAUAUUCAUAAUAGCAAAAGGACAGCCAACUGAAUGCAAUGCACAUGAUCUUGGGAUACAAACAGACAAUGAGCAAUAUGACAUUGCAGCGCAUCUAGAUCUACCAUUUCUAACAGUCUACAAGAUAAACAAAAUCACUCAGAUAAUAAUAAUAAUAAUUAGUUAAUGUGAUCACAUACCAACAUCAACAAAUAUAAGUAUUGUGAUAAAUAUUUGUCCCUCCAUAUUUACAGUUUAAGGGGGAUUUUUUCAGUUUGCGUAAAAAAAAUAAAAAUGUUGUGACCAUCAACGAACAUAUUUCUCGUAAGUUAAUGUAUUCAGAGAUCAAAGAAUGUUUUGGAUAUAUAAAUGGAAGAUGUAUGCAUGCAUUCUUACCACAAUUUUACAGCACAGUCUCAUACUAACAAACAUUACAUAAGAUGAAAUACUAACUGGUGAAGUCAAAACAGUAAAACACUUUGGUGUUUAUCUGUCACUACGGCUUGAGACAGACCGGGAGAGAAUAUUUUUUCUGCAUGGUUUCCUUCGCUGAGAGGAUGAGACUGUCUCCCUGGGGAUCCCAUCAGAUGGGGGGACUGUGCAAGGAGACAUGUCUAUGUGCAUGCGUGAAGAGUGAGAGAGAGCUAGAGCGAGGGAAAGAGCAUGUGUGUGCACACAGAAAGGAAAGGGGCAGAGUGUGAGUGCGAGCACAGAUGAUGCUGCUUGUGGAAGGAGAUGGUGUUGGUUUUGGCUUUCCUACCCGGGCUAGACGAUUUUCCCUACUAAGAUUUGACCUCUGCGUCCUGUCAGUUUGGCACCUCAGCUUCCCGGGUAAGAGCUGUUCAUUAUCUGCGACUGGAAUCAAAGCAGGAUGCUGUAAGCAUUCCUAAUUUUCUGUGUUGUGUGUGUGUGUGUGUGUGUCGUAUGUGCAGAGAGACACAGAACGACAAAAGGAAGUGAGGAGGGUGGUACAGGCAGAGGAUAUCAUGUGUGUGCUAUAACUAAGGACAAGGAGCAGACAGAGUUGGAGAAGAGGGGGAAUAAGACACAAGGCAGAAGCUGCAGACACCGUCCUUUUAUUAGCCAGAACCGGCAACAAAGACAAAAGAGGUGAAGCCUCUGAAGCCGAGACUCAGCCUCGUUAUUCCUCUGAUUCCAUGUGCCACUGGCAUUGCAUCGAGGGCGAAUAGGAUGUCUGUGUCUGGAAAAAAGGAGUUUGACGUGAAGCAGAUCCUCAGGCUCCGCUGGCGCUGGUUCAGCCACAACACUCAGACCUCAGCUGGGAAUGGGGGCUACAUCCAACAGGAAGGUUUCGACCACCGGGGAACACCGGUCCGGCUGAAGAGUCACUCCCGGGACAGAGGAGGAUUCCGCAAGAACAACAGCCCUGUGCACAGCAUUCUGGCACCGAACCCUGGACCCACGCCUGUUUAUGUCAGACCAGGCGAUCAAUCAUGGAACCAGCAAAACAUCAUCCAGCACCUUCAAGUCAGCGAGGAGCUUCCCAAGAGCAACUCACCUUGCGGUGCCAGGAAGGAAGAUGCGAAGAGCAGCCAUGAGGAUUUGAAGAGCAAUCCGGAGGAACCCUGUGAGGAGGAAGCCACAGACAGGUUGGCUUUGAGCAGUUUCUCUAGGAUGAGCUCCAACUGCUCAGAUGAGUUUUUCCAGGCCACAAACCAUGCAGAACAGACCUUUCGAAAGAUGGAGACCUAUCUUCAGCACAAGCAGCUGUGUGAUGUACUUUUGAUAGCUGGAGAUCACAAGAUCCCCGCACACAGACUUGUCCUGAGCGCAGUUUCAGACUACUUUGCUGCCAUGUUCACCAAUGAUGUGAGGGAGGCAAAACAAGAGGAAAUUAAAAUGGAGGGUGUUGAUCCUGAGGCGUUGCGAGCGCUGGUUCAUUUCGCAUAUACUGGAGUCCUGGAGCUAAAAGAGGAGACGAUUGAAAGUCUUUUAGCUGCUGCUUGUCUCCUCCAGCUCUCACAAGUUAUUCAGGUCUGCUGUAACUUUCUGAUGAAACAACUGCACCCGUCCAACUGCCUGGGGAUCCGUUCGUUUGCUGAUGCUCAGGGAUGCAUGGAUCUUUUGAACGUUGCUCACAACUACACUAUGGAACACUUUCUAGAGGUCAUUCAGAAUCAGGAGUUCCUCUUGCUGCCCACAACGGAAAUUAUCAAGCUUUUGGCCAGCGAUGACAUCAACGUUCCAGAUGAAGAAACGAUUUUCCAAGCCCUGAUGAUGUGGGUUCGCUAUGAUGUGCAGCACCGACAGCGGGAUCUGGGAGUGUUGCUGGCAUAUAUACGACUUCCCCUUUUACCGCCACAGCUUCUUGCUGAUUUGGAAAACAAUAAGAUGUUUUCAGAAGACCUGGAAUGCCAGAAGCUCCUGAUGGAAGCCAUGAAGUACCAUCUUUUGCCAGAACGCCGUCCCAUGCUACAGAGCCCAAGAACCAAACCACGGAAAUCCACUGUUGGAUCGCUUUAUGCUGUUGGACAGGGUUCUACAGCAAUAGAGAAAUAUGACCUUCGCACAAACAGAUGGAUCCAAGUUGGCAGCAUGAAUGGGCGAAGACUUCAGUUCGGUGUGGCAGUGAUCGAUAACAAGCUCUACGUGGUUGGAGGAAGGGAUGGACUCAAGACCUCUAACAUGGUGGAGUGCUACAACCCAGUCACUAAAGUGUGGUCCACCAUGCCACCAAUGUCAACCCACAGACACGGAUUAGGGAUCGCUGUGCUGGAGGGGCCCAUGUAUGCAGUGGGAGGCCAUGACGGAUGGAGCUAUUUGAAUACGGUAGAAAGGUGGGACCCCCAGGCGAGGCAGUGGAAUUAUGUGGCCAGUAUGUCCACUCCACGCAGCACCGUCGGAGUCACUGCUCUCAAUGGAAAAUUGUUUGCUGUUGGUGGUCGUGAUGGAAGCUCCUGUCUGCGAUCGAUGGAAUGUUUUGAUCCUCACACCAAUAAAUGGAGUAUGUGUGCACCCAUGUCAAAGAGGAGGGGAGGAGUGGGCGUGGCCACAUAUAACAGUUUCUUGUAUGCAGUCGGAGGACAUGAUGCACCAGCUUCAAACCAUUCCUCACGUCUCUCUGACUGUGUGGAGAGGUAUGACCCCAAAACAGACACGUGGACCACAGUGUCCUCUCUGAGCGUCCCCCGGGACGCAGUGGGGGUGUGUCUGCUGGGAGACAGGUUAUAUGCGGUCGGAGGAUAUGACGGUCAGACCUACUUAAACAGUGUCGAGUCCUAUGAUGCACAGAACAAUGAAUGGACAGAGGAGGUCCCUCUAAACAUCGGGAGGGCAGGGGCAUGUGUGGUGGUGGUGAAACUGCCUUGAAGGCUCAAGAGUCUGAACUGUGACCUCAAGAAGAGGCAACACUUGGAAUGCUCUUUUCAUGUAGUACACAAAGCUCAUCAAAGCUACCGUCAACACUGGAUUCAUCUCAACAGAUUUAGACAGCUGUGUGUGCUCAGAUAUUCAGCACUAUUACAGACUGGAAUAAAAAGGGAAAAAAAAUGAUGCGUAUAAGAUUUUACUUGAUUAUAGGAGACAUUUUAUAUUAAAAGAAUACUUUUGAAAAUGUA